UGGCGUGCGCGCUGGUUUUCCUGCUGGAGCUGUGAAUGGACCCGGCGCGGUGAGUGGACUCGGAGCAGAGUGUUGCGGAGCGAAUCCGGAGGAAUAUGAGGCCACGAAUAUGGAAAGGGGAGGCGGGGAGCCCGCGGCUGUUGUCGCAGUCGUGACUGAGCCUCGGUUUACCCAGCGAUACAGGGACUAUCUCGAGAAGGAGAAACUCUUGGACAGACAGCACCGCGUGGAAAAGAUGCCCGAUGGCACCGUGGCGCUACCCGUGCGGGGAGAGGCGCUCCCUGAGCAGCACCUGCAGGAGCUGAGGACUCGUGUGGCUCCAGGCAGCACCUGUACGCUAACGCAGCUCGUGGAUCCUGUUCCUUCCAAGAAGGCCCAGGCUUGUUCACCUGCCCAAAGGCUGUGUCUUGAGGUGAGUCGCUGGGUGGAGGCCCGAGGAGUGACGUGGUCGGCUGAGUUGGAGGCUGAUUUGCCUCGAUCUUGGCAACGGCACGGUAACCUCUUGUUGCUGAGUGAGGACUGUUUCCAAGCCAAGCAGUGGAAAAGUCUGGAACCAGAACUCUGGGAGAUUGUUGCCUCGGCACUUGGUGUCCAGCGUUUGGCCAAACGGAGACGGGUAUUACCGGAUGGCACUCGAACUCCAGCAGUGACACUGCUGCUGGGCGACGAUGGCUGGGUCGAGCAUGUGGAUAAUGGGAUCCGAUAUAAGUUUGACGUAACCCAGUGCAUGUUCUCCUUCGGAAACAUCAGCGAGAAGCUUCGCGUGGCAUCGCUGCCCUGUGCUGGACAAGUGCUCGUGGAUCUCUAUGCAGGGAUUGGUUAUUUUACGUUGCCCUUCCUAGUUCAUGCUGGUGCUGCCUUCGUCCAUGCCUGUGAGUGGAACCCCCAUGCUGUAGUUGCUCUGAGAAGUAACCUUGAGAUUAAUGGAGUAGCAGAUCGGUGCCAAAUACACUUUGGGGACAAUAGAAAAUUGAAGCUCUCAAACGUUGCAGACCGGGUGUACCUGGGGCUGAUUCCCAGCUCUGAAGAAGGCUGGCCCACUGCCUGCCAAGUGCUACGAAAGGACACUGGGGGCGUUUUGCAUAUCCACCAAAAUGUGGAAUCUUUCCCAGGGAAGAAUCUCCGGCCUCCUGGAAGCAGUGAAAUGGGGAAGGAGCACUGGCCUUAUCCUCAGCAAAUUAUCCCCAACCAGUGGGAACAUGAAGCUCCCAGGGAUCCCAGGAGAAAAGUGCCGUCAGCAGCCAUCAAACCAGAAUGGCACAGAUGGGCAGAAUCUGCAGAAACUCGCAUCGUCGCUCUUCUUCAGCAGGUGCACGGGAAACCGUGGAAGACACGAGUCUUGCACAUCCAGCCAGUGAAAUCCUACGCUCCCCACGUGGAUCACAUAGUCCUGGAUCUGGAGUGCCGCCCCUGUCCUCUGGUUGGCUAGAGAAGGUAGAUUCUGAGAUGCGAGGAUCUAGGAGCAAGUGACCCGUAGUUCCUCAGCUCAGGCCGGGUUCUCACCCCUCUUGUCCCUGGGUAAUCUGUUUUAACAUUUUGUGGCCCUGAAAGCAGGCUCUAGAUCAAUCCAAACCACUUCAUUUGUCUUCCAUUGAUCACACUGAGAAUGAGCUACAUAUCUGGGAGAAGCAACGUGGCUGACUCACUGAAACGAGGCUCGUCUGCACAAUCGGUGAAUCCGAAUUCUGACCUGUUCUGUCUGACCUUGGGUACAUGGUUUCAAUACUCUUUUGGCCUUGGAUUUUCUUAUUUGCAUACGAAGGUUUCUUUGAACUGCCUCACAUGGCUUUUUUUUUUUUAACAAGUAGUUGUACAUAGAGCAUUGGUUAUUUCAGCGUGAACGGCAUUGCUCUUUCCAAAAUCACUCUGGUUACAAUAUGGGAAAUUGACUGGAGGGUGGCCGGGAUGGAGGUAGACCAGUGAGAAGGUUCCCAUGGUUGUCCAGGUGACGGUGGCCUGGACUAGGGUGGUGGCAUUGGGAGGUGGAUGGACUUGAGAAAUAAAUCGAUGGGACUAAGCAAUGGAGUCCACAUCAAGGCAUUAAAAUGGUGCUGCUUUGUUAUUUUAUCAAUGACAAAAUAUGGAGGGAAGGGAACAAAAAUUACCCUAGUGUAUUAACUCUUUUCUUCUACUUUGGCAUUCCUAAAUGUUUGGGGUUUUUUGGGGGGAGGGUGCAUCUCUUAAAUAUUGGAUUUAUUGUGGUAGAAAAAGGGAUAAAAUGACUUAUAUUGCAGAGAAACUAGAUUUUCAG